AUGGGAAUCAUUGACAAGCGCCGAACUCGAAGAAGAGAUCUACUCUUACGCAACUCUUCCUCAUCAUCUAGCAUGCUUGUGACGAAAACUGAUGGCAAGACGAUCCUGAAUGAUCGUCCACAAGAACCAGAUCAUCACAACAGCACCUUUGAUCAAGAUCAUUCGCACCAUCCUACAAAAGUCGAAUCGAUGAGGACCCUGCUGAUGAAUAAAUCCGAGGAUGGUGGGAUCAUUGGCAGCGAGAUUUUUUGCAUCGAGAAAAUUGGCGAAAAAGUACCGCCUGUGUCCAAAGCACCAACAAGUCAAGUUACUUUCUCUUCCGUGUAUACAUCUAUAUACAUUCCGCGAAGGACGGAAGCGGAAAAGGUUUCAUCAUUCUACUCUCAAGAAGACUACGAUCGAAUCAAAUCCGAUACCGUUGACACUAUCACGGAAAUGGAGACAGAGAAAAAGUAUCCCUCUUCAGAAACUCAGUACCACCGAGGACUGCUGACUCCUCGAGCAAAAUACGAAAAGGAGCAACGCAUCAAGUUUGUAGUCUCCAAGGUUCUUCGAGAACAAGAAAGAAACAAAUGUCUUUCUGAAGACUGGGUGAACACCUUUUCCAAAAAGUACUCCUCACAAACAACAACGGCUGCCUUUUUCUUGGGAAAGAUUGAUGCCAAAGCUGCUGGAGCUCCUGAUACGCUAUCGUCUCAUUCUUACAUUCGCUGUCUACAGAGACCAAAUGCUCCAAGACGAGCGGCAUAUCACUCUACGCGAAACAUUGAUGCCAAAGUUACUGAUACACUAUGGUCUCAUCCUCGCACCCUUCGAAAACAGUCUAGUACUCAGUCUCUACGAACUCAAUCUAGUACUCAUUCUCAACAGACACCAAAGGCUUCUAGGCGAGCGACAUAUCAUGGCGUUCCCCUCGUUUGGGUAUAG